AUGUCGGAGAACGAGAAGAUGCGGGUGUCGGGCGACCGAGAGCGGGAUACCGCCGCCCCAGUGCUUCCUGUAGUCAACCCAGACGUCAAGCCGUCUGAGCCUGCAAAGGCGACCUUCCACCCAGCUGUGUAUAUCGCCGUCUGGAUCUCCCUGAGCUCGAGUGUGAUCAUCUUCAAUAAGUGGAUACUAGACACCGCAAAGUUUCCCAUCUUCCUCACAUCAUGGCAUCUUACCUUCGCAACGAUCAUGACGCAGAUACUGGCGCGAUGCACCCCGGUCCUCGACUCGAGGCACAAAGUACCAAUGAACGGGCGUGUGUAUCUACGGGCUAUUGUGCCGAUCGGCCUCAUGUUCAGCAUGAGCUUGAUUUGCGGUAACAAGACGUAUCUCUACCUGAGUGCCACCACACCUGUCGCCGUGCUCCUUGCAACCUGGACCCUCGGAGUCGCACCAGUAAACUUGAAGACCCUCGGCAACGUCUCCUUUAUCGUCAUUGGCGUCAUUAUCGCCUCCUUCGGCGAGAUCAAAUUCGUCCUCACCGGCUUUCUCUACCAGGUUUUCGGCAUCGUCUUCGAAGCCACGCGCCUGGUGAUGGUCCAACGGCUGCUAAGCUCCGCCGAGUUCAAGAUGGACCCACUUGUCUCGCUCUACUACUUUGCGCCUAUCUGCGCCGUCAUGAACGGCAUCGUGUGCUUGUUCACCGAGGUUCCUUACAUGACCAUGGCCGACAUCUACAACGUCGGCAUCUUCGUUCUUAUCCUCAACGCGUUGGUUGCAUUCCUCCUGAACGUCUCUGUUGUCUUCCUGAUCGGCAAGACCUCCUCGCUCGUCCUCACCCUUUCCGGCGUCCUCAAGGAUAUCCUUCUCGUCGUCGCGUCAAUGGUCGUAUUCGGCGACCCAGUCUCCGGCCUCCAGGCCUUCGGCUACGCAAUCGCCCUCGGCGGCCUCAUUUACUACAAACUCGGCGCCGAGAAGCUCAAGGAGUACAUCUCGCAGGGCGGGCGUGCCUGGGCUGACUACGGCGUCCGGCAUCCGGCUAUGCGCAAGCUCAUUGUUUUCGGACUCAUCAUCGUCACGCUGUUCGUCCUCAUGGGUGGCCUUGCGCCGAGGUUCGCGCCGGAGUACUCGCAGUAUGCGAAGGGCAAGGUUGGGGAGUUCUUGGGUGACAAGGGGAGCUUUGUUACGCAUGCCAAGCCUUCGUAA